ACGACUGAAAAAAAUCAACACAAAUGCCAUCACGAAAAGUGACAUGAUAUAGGCGUAAACCACAAGUAGAGGCAAAAAAUUUAACAAAAAGAAUAAAAAGUAACGAAUGGAACGAACGCAUCGAAAAAAAUUAAUGGCAAGAUUUUCCAAUCCUAAAUUACUAGCGAAAAUUAGUGCACCUGGAACGACCAAAAAACGGAAGAUAACUCCUAGUUUUCUAAGCCAUUUUCGAGUACGUAAUUCAUUUCAGGCUAGUAUAUUCGAUUUUCCACCCGUUUGGACGGAGCUGAGAAGAAACGCUCAAUUAUGCGAUGGCAUUGUUACAUGUGGAGACGGCCGAGAGUUCAAAAUUCAUCGCGCCAUUCUGGCAGCCGUCAGCCCUUAUUUCAAGGCUCUCUUCACCAAUUCUAUCAACAAGGACCACAAUGAAGUUACGGAAGCAAAAAUUAUGAUACCCAGUAGCAUGUUCGAAAUUAUUUUAGAUUAUGCAUAUACAGGAAGUUGUACUAUAAAUAAAAGCAACGUGAAAGAACUUUUGAAAUUCGCAGACCAAUAUCAAUUGUUAGAUGUCCUACAAAUGUGCUGCAACUACCUAAUUGAUGAAAUAUGUCCUGCCAAUUGUUUGGAAACAAUGAAAUUUGCCAGCCGUUACUUUUGCAAAGAGUUGAUGAAAGUAGGAAAGCUUUACAUAACACGUAACUUUCCAAUUUUGCUCACAGAGAGUCAAGAAUUUUACAAUAUUUCUGUAGACUAUUUAAAAGAAAUUCUUAAAGAUGAUGAACUUAACGUCAGAUCAGAAGAAAUCGUCUUUGACGCUGUCAAAUUAUGGAUCGAAUAUUUACCUGAAGCGAGAAAAGAAAAUCUCUUCGAACUUUUGAAAUGUAUCAGGGUUGGAACCCUGCCUUUUGAAAGUAUAAAAUGUAUAUCAAACUGGAGUUUGAUUCAAGAGAAUCCCCAGUGUCAGGAGUAUCUACAAGAUGUCCUAGCAGUGUUAAAUGGUCUCAAUCAAGAUGACCACAUAGAUUAUAUUAACAAUUAUCUUUUCAGGCCUAGAGUUCCACACGAGGUGAUAUUUGCAAUAGGUGGAUGGUGUGAAGGUAGUCCUACAAAUUUUGUAGAAACUUAUGACUGUAAGGCAGACAAAUGGCUUUUCUGUUGCGAUACUGAUACCUCACCAAGGGCUUACCACGGACUUUGCACGCUGAAUGGUCUUAUUUAUAUGAUUGGUGGUUUUGAUGGAACGGAAUAUUUCAACUCUGUCAAAUGCUUCGAUCCAGUCCAUCACGAAUGGAGCCAACGUUCCUGCAUGUACUUCCCCCGAUGUUACGUCAGCGUUGUCGUCCAUCGCGGAUUAAUUUACGCGAUGGGCGGAUUUAAUGGCAGACUGAGAAUGAACUCGGCUGAAAGAUACGAUCCCGAAAAAAAUCAAUGGGAACUAAUUCCUCCCAUGCAGAAAGCACGGUCGGAUGCUGGCGCUGCAGCGGUGAGGGAUAAGAUCUAUAUCGUUGGAGGAUUCAAUGGAUCAGACGUCAUGAGUUCCGUCGAAGUAUACGACACACUAACUCGACAAUGGAGCUUCAUCCAAAAAAUGAGCUCUCCUCGUUCCGGAGUAACCUUAAUAACUUUGCGCAACGUCAUGUACGCCAUUGGUGGUUUUAAUGGUUCGACCAGAUUGUCCAGUUGUGAAAAAUUCGACCCAGAUAUAUUGAGGGGUUGGACUUCUAUCGCCCAUAUGAGAACUCCCAGAAGUAACUUCGCUUGUGUGAUUUUGGAUGGUUUUAUAGUCGUCAUUGGUGGAUUUAAUGAUACAGGUAACACAGGAUCAACAACAGUCGAUCUCGUGGAAUAUUUAGAUGCAGAUGCGAACGAAUGGUACGACGCCGCUAGCAUGAGUGUAAGUAGAUCAGCACUCAGCGCCUGCGUAGUUAAAGGUCUACCAAAUACCAUAGACUAUACAUUCUUGAGGACAGAGAUGUUUAUGCCGGAAAUUUUUUGUAAUAAGGAAUGAUGCAUAAAGGAGAUAUUAGUUUUGUGGUCUGCGCCUUUUUAUUUAUACAGGUGUUUUACUCGUUUAUUUUUUGUGAACCAUUCCAAUAAAGAGAUUGAAAUUUUCACGUAAA